UAGUAAUACUGUUUGUUUUAGCUGAAUAAAAUCGGGAAAUCAAGUUUUAUUUUCAUAUUUUCUUUAUCGUAUUUUCCCGCUUACCCUGUCGGGAACCCCUGGGAAAUAACUCGAUGUUAGACGCGAGUAUAUUGAUGAUACAGUAGUAGCAGGGGCGAGUCAUUUGACAAUCGAUAAAUAUGGCGGACAAGAAAACGAAGUGACCACAUUGAAAAAACUUCUACCGUUUGUUUUUGUGUAAACGGUAAAUGCAACACCAAGAAGAUGGCAGAGGAGCAAGCCAAACAAUCGAACACAACAGGAAAUUCAGUUGAUACAAGCAUUACUGCUACUGGUGUUAACAUCGAGGAAAUCCCGUCAAAUGUAAACAAGUCUGAGGGUUCGGAAGCACCUGAGGCUGAGGGGAAAUCUAGUGACCAAAUCGCCCCGAAGCCAGAAUCAAUCUUACAAGGAGGUUGUGGUGAAAAUGAAGGUGAACAGACAGACACAUCAGAGAGGAAAGAGGAGUCAGACUGUCCGAGUGGUGCUACAGAUAAAACAGGAACAGAUAGUAAACAUGGUAAGAUGGACACCACACAGAAUAAACAUGGUGAGAUAGACACCACGCAGAAACCGGAUAUAAAAUGUGAUUGUGAUGAAGAUACCAAGUCAAAAGAAGACAGUGAUGGACAGACAUCUUCAUCUGGUUCAGACACACCUAUAGAUAAUAUUGAUGAUCUUUUGACAGAUAACAGCAAUGACAGUCAGUAUAUUGAUAAUGAUAUAAAAGAUGAAAACUUGACAGUAGAGUUACCUCCCCUUUCUGCGGAGGAAAGUUUAAAAGCAGAAACUGCGACUUCGGAGUUAGCUGGAGCAGUGGAGGGUGCCAGUGCCUCGCCUACCUCGACAGAUGGGAAUGUUUACCAUGUAAAAUGGAUUGCAUAUAAAAACAAAGAAAUACCUACAAUAACACAGAACGAAAAUGGGCCUUGUCCCUUGAUAGCAGUGAUGAAUGUGUUAUUACUGAAGGGCCAAGUUCAUCUGUCUCCAAACACAGAAGUUAUAACACCAGAUCAGCUGAUGACUUACAUUGGCAACUGCAUUUUAGAAAAUGCCCCCAAAACACAGGACACUUCAGAAGCUGUACAGUUAAAUUACCAACAGAACAUGCAUGAUGCUAUGGCAGUCAUACACAAACUACAGACAGGUCUGGAUGUCAACGUCAGGUUUACAGGGGUGAGUGAUUUUGAAUACACACCAGAGUGCAUCAUCUUCGAUCUACUCAGCAUCCCACUAUAUCAUGGCUGGCUGGUUGAUCCCCAGGACAAAGAGCUCAUUACGGCCAUUGGUACCUGUAGUUAUAAUCAGCUGGUGGAGAAAAUUAUUUCCCAACGCAGCUCUGACAAGCCUGAAACUGUCACUGAAGCAUUGUUGUGCGAGUCGUUUCUGGAUGGAGCGGCAGCCCAGCUGACCUAUCAUGGAUUGUGUGAGCUAAAUUCAGUGGUCAAGGAAAACCAGCUGUGUGUCUUCUUCAGGAAUAACCACUUCAGUACCAUGUAUAGACACCAGAAUGAACUUUUCCUGUUAGUGACUGAUCAGGGAUUUCUCGGUGAACGUAACGUGGUAUGGGAGACACUAUCAAACGUGGAGGGGGAUGGCUAUUUUGUGGAUGCCAACUUCCACACGUACAGGAAGUCUCCGCCUGCUGAACCUGUCAUACCACCGACACCCAUGAACCCAGAGGAGCAAGUCGAUCAAGAUUACCUGCUAGCGAUGUCCCUUCAGCAUGAACAACAACUGAGGGAUGAAGAAAUUGAAUGGAAUCAGGACAAUGACAGAGCAGACCCACAGCAACCCCGACUAUCUGAUCAUGAGUUAGCAGCGCGUAUGCAGGCUGAAGAGGACAAACGAUUAGCCAUGGCUGUCAGACGACAAGAGCAACGGCAACAACAACAACAGCCCUCUUGGGGAUCAGGGGGCGGGACCCCUCAACACCAUGCAGCCCAUGGUAGUCGUCCGAGGGAAAGAGAACGCACAACCAGAGAACCAAAGUCAAAAGAUAAAGAGUGCUGUAUACUAUAAUGACGGCUUCACCAAGUGUCUACAUCACUGCCUGAAGUCCUUCUCCCAGACUCGUAUCUAUGGCAUUGUAUCCAUGGUAACACUAAUGUGAGUCCACUGUAUCCUUAAUAAGGCAUGGCAGUCUUUGGAAACAGAUACAGUAAAGUUAACUCUAUAAAGACCACUUAUAGUGUUAUUUCUUAUAUCCAAGGGGAAACCUUCUCAAGUCUGAUGUCUGUAACCUUGGAUACAGCUAUCCAAAUGUGAUUUUCUAUGAAGAGUCCAGGAAGUGACAUCCUUUGAGGUCAUGUAUUCCUGGCAGUAUCUGACAGACUUGUGAUGGAAAAUUUGAGUUUCCUGUAGAGACAGAUAGAUACUGUAUGGACUGAGAGUGUUAUUUUACUACUGUAGUCCAUUUUGUGUGUUGGUUUAUGAUCCUGUGUGGAAUAGAUUGGAAAUAGCUCGCAUAUCAUUAAAUCAUGUGUCAUCAAAAUUUGAUAUACAGUAUUAUUUUUGAAAAGUAAAGUAGGUCCCAGAUGCUGCAAAAAUGAUUUUUUUUGUUGGUUCAAAUUUUGAAAAUUGAAAUAAUGUAUGUUUUAGGCCAAAAAUGUAAAAAGUACAAUCACAUUCUCAGUAAUAAUGACUUCCAUGGUAUAUAUUUUAAGCAAUUUUCAUUUAUUUAAAAAAAAAUAUCAAAAAAAUGCUUUUACAGUACUGAGGUUCAUAGAUAGUUGUUUAUAUCUCUGCAGUAAAUAACAUAGCAUAAAAGUAAAUAAAAAAAAACCAAUAGGAAGUAAGGAUUGGAUUUGGCAGUAUUAGACUGAAUGCUUUGAUAAUGUCUCAUAAAAUAAGCAAGCUACCUAAAUUAUAUUAUCUAUAAUUAUUGAUAUCAUAAAACUUAUGGAGAAGAAAUAUAAAGUUGAUAUCAGGUAUCACAUUUUCAAUAGUUAUAGAAUAACGUAAGUAUGAUACCUUGAAGAUUACGAUGUCUUAGUAUUAAACAGAACGUUAUCUCCUGGUAAAUAGUCAAAAGUCUUUGAUCAAUAUCAAUUGAAUGGCUGUGGAAGAGAUAUGUUUUUAUUUUCAAUUACACUUUUAUCUAAAGUUACAAAUUACAACCAGAUGAAAGCAUGUAAUUAUAUUCAAUAGAAUCCGAAUAACAAGCUGUUAAACACAGUUGUAGCUGCUUUACUGAUGUCGCUAUGGUCAGACAGGAAAUGCAUACCUGUAUAGCUAAAUGAUACUGAAUACCUAUAUAGAUCAUCAAUCCAUCUUGCUUGUUACAUCACAAACUUUAGUGACAUGUGUUUAGAACUGUCCGUUGGAGAAAAAAGAAAAAAGUUGGUAUAUGACAAUCUGUUUUGAUGACAAAAAAAAAAA